AUGUAUCUGCUUGUGUGGUCUUGUUUCCACCUUCUCGAGUUCGUAGUGACGGCCUACUGGAAUCCUAUUCACCUACAAUCUGACUCGUUCCUGCUACAAAACGGAUUUGAAUAUGUGGCUGCCCAUAUAUUUGGCGUUUUGGAAUAUAUGCUGGAGUGUGCAUGCACGCGACCAGCAUGGAAACACACCCAAUUCAUCCAAUGCGUGGGACUGGCACUCAUUCUGACAGGCCAAUUACUCCGCUCGUUUGCAAUGAUCCAUGCAUCAACGAACUUUAGUCACGCUCUCGCACACACAAAACGAGAAGACCAUACACUUGUGACAACGGGCGUAUACGCAUUAGCGCGGCACCCAUCCUAUGCAGGCUUUUUCUGGUGGGCUCUGGGCACACAGAUUUUUCUUGGCAACCCAGUAGCAACGGUGGGCUUUGCUGUUCUACUGACGCGUUUCUUUGCGCACCGCAUCCAAAUCGAGGAGCAUACAUUACGCGCCUUUUUUGGCGAGGCGUAUCGUGCAUAUGAAGUUCGCGUGCCACGCGGCGUACCGCUGGUAGGAUGGUUCACGUGA